AUGUCGUGUCGAAGGUUGCUGUGUACGUUCUUAUUGGUUCUUGCCACCACCAGUUGUGUGUUUUCGGAAGAUGUACCUCAAGUUGAUAGCAACUCCGACAAUUCUCUUAGUUUAGAUGAAGUUGAUAGCAACCACAACGAUUCCCGUAGUUUCGAUGAAAUAAGUACAACGACGACAACCGCUACUGCAACAACUGCUCCUGCUACCAAAUCAACAGAACAGCAAUUACAUCAAACCCAAACUGAAAUACUUAAGGAAGUUUUGCCUCUGGUAAAAAUGUUAAUAGAAGCUGCCAAGUCUAAAAAUGAUGCAGUUCGUGAAGCCAACACUCAGUAUCCGUCACAGCCCUCCUAUUACUAUCCCCCUUCAGCCUCAGCAUAUUAUCCGGCAAGUGGUUAUUAUCCGCCAGUUGAUACAUACAAUGGACCAACAUAUUCCCAUUCCGGUGACAGAUUCUUUUAUAAUAAGCGUCCUUAUGGUGGUGGAUAUGGCAAUAAUUACGGUAACACACCAACCACCCAAGCCCCACCCACUACAACAGCGGCACCCACUAUAUCUAACGAGCAGUUUGCCAAAGAAAUUGCGGAUAUGGUCGCUGCUAUUGCUGCAGCUAUGAAUAAGAACGUUGCUGGUGCAGGAACUGGUACUGGGGGUACUGCAAGCGCAGGCGCCGGUGCUGGAGCUGCUGCUAGGGAUGCUACAGCUAUAAGAUAUUCCAACUAUUAUUACUAUCCACAUGCUGGUCCAGCUUAUAUUUCUCCACCUCCUGCUUAUAGAAUUCCUGCAUUUGCUCCGUAA